UUGUUUAGUAAUUACCACAUAUGUUUGUUAAUACGUACAUUGUAAAAUGAAACUAGCUUUGCGUAUAUAAUCGGUAGCACCUGUUUUGGCUUAACUAUUUGCAAUAUACAUAUAUAUUUUAGUCAUGAAACUACACCAUAAUAAUUAAGCUCCUUUCACAAAUAGCCUUGCGAAAUCUGAGAUUUUCUCUUAAACAUGAGAAAGUUAACAACACUGCUACUUAAGGUGUAAGCGGAUACUAAUGAUGAGUGACACAUAAACGAUUAAAGACUUUUAACUCGCGAGUGUUUAACAUAUGCUCAUUAUAAUUUUACAUCUUAAUGUGAUUACAUUAAAGGAAUUUAAUGAUUUCAAAAAGUAAAGUAUGUAAAACAAAUGCAGUUCAUAAAAAAUAAUAAACAUUUACUCGAAACUACUGCUGAGAUUUUAUUAAAUUAUUCAGCACUAUACGAUAUUUUUUUAAUAUCUGCAUAUAAUUGAUGAUAACAUGUUGCAUUUAAUGAAUACAAAUUUCGUAGAAGUCCUGUGUUGAUAUUAUAUUAUAUUAUAUAUUUCGAAACAAUGGACAACCUUUCUGAUUCAUUUAAAGGGGAUGUAGAUUCCUUUACGUCAACAGAUUCUUUGCAAUUAAUAACAGAUGAAUUUCGCAUUAGACAUUUGUCGACACCUGAUGUAUCUAACACAGAAUUGUCAAAACGUGUUGCAUUAUUGGAAUUAGAAAAUGAACGACUUAGAGUAGAUUUGGAAAAUCUACGUAUUGAACUUAGUGCUAGAAUUGCAGCAAAUGAAGGACUUAAAGGAAAAAUUAUAGAGUUAUAUGUAGAAAUGCAAUCAGUACUCCAAGAGAAGCAAAAAGUACAAAAUACUUUAACUGACACAUAUAAUCGUUUAGAAGCAGCUGAAGUAUCAGCAAAGUGGUAUCAAUCACAAGUGCAUGGAUUGCAAGCAAGUAAAAAAACUUUGCAAUUAGAGAUCGACACUUACCAAGGAAUAUUGCAACAAAGACAACAAACUAUAGUAAAUAUAAAUGCAAGGUAUAAACAAUUAGAUGUGGAUUAUACUGAACUUCUUCAAAAAUAUCAAAAAGAGAAACAAGGUUUAGAAAAUGAAGUACAGAGCUUAAAAACACAAAAUCAUUCAAACGAUCAAUUAUCAAGUAUUUCACAAAGCAUAGAUAACAAUGCAUCAAGUACUCCUCCAGAUACAUCUACAAAGUUAGAGAUGGCAGAGGAUGAACUACGAGAAACAAAAGCAGAGCUGAAGACUUUAGAAAAACGUCUUUUGGGUAAUGAAGUAUCCAAAAUGUUAAUGGAGAAUGCCUUAACUAAACAACGUUUAUUGAUUACAACAAUGGAAGAAAAUAUACAAAAAUGUGAGACUGAGAAGAAUCAAACUGCUGAUACUUUGCGCAAAACUGAAUUUGAAAUUCAAAAAUUGAAAUCAGAAAAUGAAACAUUGCAAACUACUCUACUUUCUUCCAAACAGGAACAAUGUCAGAUAGAAGAUGCAAUUUUUCAGUUACGGCUGCAAUUAACAAAAAUGAUUGCACAAUAUAAGCUUUUAAAAUCAAAAAAUAUAGAGGCAGAGGAAAAAUUAAAUUCAAUGCAAGAUGUAAUAAAUGAAAAUAAACGCUUAAAAACCUUAUCAUAUGAAGCUAACUCUGCACUCAUCAGAAAACUUCGACAAGAAAAACGUAAAUUUAAAAACUUGGAGAAUAAAAUAUAUGAUGUAGAAAUAAAAGAACGAUUAGAUGACAUGCAAAAUAAAACUGAAGUUUCCUUACGUGAAUGUCUAAAGCAGGUUUUAAUAAGAAAUAAGGAUUUAAAAGACCAAUUGAAGACACAGAGGAAAACUUCAGAUGAAAGUAUUGAUGAGGGGUAUGGUGAUAUUAGCAUAGUUAGUUCCAUUUCUGUAGACAUUCCAUCACCAAGUUCCAUUAAUCCAGUAUUAUUAAAUAAAGCUUCUAGUAUUCUUUUGAGAAGUAAAGACUUUUGUAAACCAGUGCAAACAGAACUUGAUUAUUUACGAUUAAAACUUAACAAACUA